CCCAAAGACCCAGUUUGGCAAAAUUUCGGGCCGUUUCCACUCUCCAGCACGACGCGGUUUUGUGUGGCGCAGGCGCAGAGAGUUUCUUUUUGUUUUGCCGUCACCAACCAAGCAAGCAGUCGUCGUCUUCCUCCCCUCCCCCUCUCCUCUCCUCUCCUCUCCUCCCCGCAGGGCAGCAACUGCACGCAGCAGCGCUCACGCUCCGCCUACUCCCCCCGCGUAGCCUCUGCCUCCCUCCUCUCUCCCCUCUCACCAGCGGACCGGGGCACCCUCCUCCUCCUCCUCCUCCGCGCGCCGCCCUGCCGGCGGAGAUCCGUGGGGGGGUGGGGGGCCCAUUCUUGGUCGGCCACUGGAUUCGGCCGGGAUGAACACGAGGCCGGUGGUGCUCGUCUUCCUCCUGCUCGUGCUCGUCAUCACGUCGCAGUUCGAGUGGAAGCAGCAGAUCGGGGACGCCGCCGACCCCGCCGAGACGCGCAGGAGGCAGCAGGUGCUCGCCAAGGAGGACGCCGUCAAGGAGAAGAUAAUAUUAUCUCAGGAGAAAAAUAUUCAACAGCUUAAUGAGCUUAUUGAGAGCCUUCAGCGGCAGCUGUUGCAUUGCCGUGGUAGCAACAAUACUGUCCACACCACUACAGUUGCUCAUACCGAAGUUAGUGAGGUGGACGGGCAGGAAAGUAUUGAUGAUUGAUGAUAGAUAAUCUCUUGCCAGGUUGUUCACUGAUUCUAGUACAGAAACCAAAGAACAACGGCUGAUCAGGCAGCAUACCCUACAAGUGCCGUCUAAUAGGGUACCAAAUCGUACUGUGUUGUACACUUCUGCUGGUAUUUUUUCUGGUAAGAUUGUAGAGAGCUGUAACUUGUAAUAUGUUGGUUUAGGUCACGGCCACUAAUUCAAUUGAAAAGUUACUUGAUUCUUUUGUUGUGAUGAUGGAUGGCUCUGCCCCAAAAGGCUAUAUCUUUCUGCAGAACGGCAGUGUCAUUCUUGUAAUGUACCACUGAAUGCAUCAGUAUCAGUUAGCUAGGACGCUGUCGGAUGUUCAGUAAA